UGAAGUGGCAGGUUUGGUACCCUUGGCGGCUCAGAGAAUAUGCAUUGGACCCACAUUUUCCUGCAGCAGGCAUUUGCACCAAAGGUCUGUCCUCAUUCAAAACCUGACCUUCCCCUCCAGGCCUUGACUAGGAGUUGUGUUUGUGAUAGAGCCAACUUCCCAUGGGAAGGAUGGUAGGUAGAUACAAAGGAGGAGACAGUCACAGAAGCCUGAAAGUCGAAAGAAAGUCACACCCACACACCUCUUUCUCGGCCACCUUGUCCUUCCUUGCCCUGCCAAUGGGAUUGUAGGAGCGUAUUAUGCAACGUGUCAGAAUGAAGAGGGCCUCAUCCAGACGACUUGAGAAUUGGCAGGGAGCAGCUAUUCAAGGAGCAAGAGCAGAAGAAGGGCAGAGGAAAUGGGAUAAGCCUCUCUUACAUAAGAGGAGCCCAUCCCCGGCCCAGGGCACCUGCCUCUCCUCCUCUUUCUCCAAUCAGGAGGCUGCAACUUUGAGGAGGAAGGCUCUGGAACUCUACUGAAGGCUCUGGAGCCCUACUGGCAAUGACUUUGGGUUGGAUCCCAUUUGGCGUGACCUGGUGCUCCCUGUGUGAUCUCCUCCCCACUCAUAGUUCUUCCGGUCAACCCAUUUUGGUUAUUAAUACAGCAGGAUAACCUGGAUACUUGUGUGCCCAGGUAACUAGCAAAGGUGCCCUCCAGAGAACGGGCAUUAGUUGUUGCCGGGCAUGGUACACCUCACAUCUCUUUGGCCAGGAAGGGUCUGCAUGGGAAGGACAAUGCAGAAUGCCUCUCGACAGUGACAGCUGAGCAGGGAAGGGCAGCACUGAGCAAGCACGCUUUCUGGAGGAACCAGAAGUGAACCAUCGAUAACCGACAUCUGUGAGAAGAGCAUUUGCACGACAACCAACCGUGAGAAGAACAUUUGCACAUUUCUGGCCAGUUUUUGUGGGCAAAGGAGAUGCCAGCCAAGACACCCAUCUACCUGAAGACGUCGACCCCCAAGCGGGGCCGGAAGCUUCGCCUACGGGACGUCCUGUCGAGCGAUAUGAUCAGCCCACCGCUGGGCGAUUUCCGACACAGUGCCCACAUUGGCCUGGACGGGGAGGGCGACAUGUUUGGAGAGCUCUCCUUCCUGCAGGGCAAGUAUGACCUCCUGCCCCGGCUGGGACGCCACAACAGUUCCUCGGGGAUGGAUGACCCAUUUGGCCGCUGUCCUCCUGGGGCUGGUUACCGCACCCUACUCAAGAGUGCCAUCUCUUUGCCUGUGUUCAAUGGGGGCCAGGAUCAGGCCCCACCCAAGCCACCACGUCUACAUCUGGAUGAGAUGCCCAACGGAGGGCAACAGCGCUCUAUGUCCAUCAGCUGUGCCGAAGGCUGCUUUCACAGCGGGGCCCAGGGCCUCUCCUUCUCCGCCAUGGCCCCUUACGACCCAUUUCCUGCCUCUGUCUCUUUUUCAUCCCCCUCUCCAGAGGGUUGCUUUGUGGGGGGAACCAACAGCAGUAGGAACCACCACACGGACAACCAGGAGCAGCCCUACUCCUGCGGGACGGCCCUGCCUCGCUCUGAGUCCCUGCUGCACCUUGACCUUGACCUGGGCCCUUCUAUUUUGGAUGACGUCCUGCGUAUCAUGGAGGAGUACCAACAGCCUGGCACAAAAGCUCUGUAGCUCAGCAACGCAUCCUCUCUGCCAGGCUCAAGAAAGGAGGCUGAUCUGGGGGCAGCCCCAAGGAAAACUGGCUCGUCUAGGUGAGGAACAAUCUCCAAGCAGAUCCUAGAGAGACGCGCACAGUGGGUGUCGUGCUACUCAUUGCUCUGGCUCAUCCUGGAGAUGCCCAAUGUCCCCACAGGCAUUGGCUGCACAAAAGGCCACAGGUUGGAGGUCAUUGACAUGUCCUACGGCAUGAGGAACAGGACUCUUCUGAAGCUCACUAGCAGCCAAAGCCAUGCCAAACAUGCUCCAGUGUUGCAGAAAGGACGAGGAUCAGACUGGGGCAAAGAAGGCUAUCUCCCAGAAUAAUGUCUCCAAGAUUUAAAGCCCAUAAGCAAGGCAUGAGGGCUAUAAUAGUGCUCCGAUUCUCCGUUAUGAAAAACACAGCUUCUCUCUGUGCAUGUUCUAUCUCCAGCCAUCAUGGACUGUGAUUACUUGCUAGUGGCAUCCUCCAUAGACUAUUUCUAAAGGCAAUUCAGUGGGGUGGUUAUUAUAACCACAUUUUGAGGCUGUGUCGCUUUCCCUAAUUAUGUGAAAAUUCAAGCUGUUACCUGGCUGGAAUCACUCCAAUUCCAUUGAGUUACCCCUUCAAGUUCAAGUAUUUGUGAGCGGGCAAGCAAAAUUGUCUGUAUUCACUCCACAGUGUGUAUCAUUUGAUAAAUUGUCUUGAUUGCG